AAAUACAUGGAGAGUAGCAACAAUGUGACCGAGUUUGUUCUCUUGGGGCUCACAGAAAACCCAAAGAUGCAGAAAAUCAUAUUUACUGUGUUUUUCGUCAUCUACACCAUUACUAUGGUAGGAAACAUGCUCAUUGUGGUCACCAUCACUGCCAGUCCAUUGUUGGGGUCGCCCAUGUACUUUUUUCUGGCCUAUCUCUCCUUUAUCGAUGCUUGUUAUUCCUCCGUCACCACCCCGAAACUGAUUAUAGAUUCAGUCCAUGAAAAGAAGACCAUCCUAUUCAAUGGAUGUAUGAUCCAAAUCUUUGGAGAACAUCUUUUUGGAGGUUCUGAGGUGAUUCUUCUUACUGUGAUGGCUUAUGACCGCUAUGUGGCUAUCUGCAAGCCCUUGCACUACACAACCAUCAUGAACCGGAGAGUGUGUGGCCUAUUUAUGGGAGUCUCCUGGGUGGGAGGUCUUCUUCAUGCAACUAUACAGAUCCUUUUCAUAUUUCGAUUACCCUUCUGUGGCCCUAACAUCAUCGACCACUUUAUGUGUGAUCUGAACCCUUUGCUCAAUCUGGCCUGCACUGAUACCCACACUCUAGGGCUCUUUGUUGCUGCCAACAGUGGGUUUAUCUGCCUGUUAAACUUUCUCCUCUUGCUAGUCUCCUAUGUAGUGAUCCUGUAUUCCUUAAGGACCCACAGCUUAGAGGGGAGGCGCAAAGCCCUCUCAACUUGUGCUUCCCACAUCACAGUGGUUGUCUUAUUCUUUGUGCCCUGCAUAUUUGUGUACAUGAGACCUGCAGCUACUUUAUCCAUUGACAAAGCAGUUUCUGUAUUUUACACUAUCAUAACUCCCAUGUUAAAUCCUUUAAUCUAUACUUUGAGAAAUGCCCAGAUGAAAGAUGCUAUUAUGAGACUAUGCAGCAGGAAAGCUAUCUCAGUUGACAGAUAA